UGGGAUCGAAGGCAGGGUCUCAAUUAAUCAUGACAUAGUGGAAUGAAUAUUAAUUCAAGUAUAUAAUCAUCUGCCUCUAAUUGCAGCUUGCUUUAGUUGCUUGCUAGCUAUCUAGAUACCAGAGAGUGUGCAUAUCAUAUUAUCAUAAGAGAGAGAAACAAGAGCUGAAAAGGAAAAAAAGAGAAAGAUAAACAAUUAAAGUCGAUCAGAAAGAGAGAGAAGUAUGUGUAUAUAUAUGGUCCGUAUGGAAAUGAAUAAGAUCGAGUAGCUCACGCUCUCUCUCUUUCUUUCUUUCUUUUCAAGGCUUCUACUUUAAUUAAUAAGAUCGAUGCAAACUUGAAAGAGAGUAAAGGGCAAACGCAGAAAAAAGUGACGAGCUAAAAGCAGCAAGGUAAGGUAUAUAUGUAUAUAUAUGUGGCUGUCACCUGAGUACUUGGUUUUCCAUCCAUCUUUGAUUUGAGUGAGAGAGAUUCCAAUUCCAUGAGCAGAUUAACGAUAGCUUGUAUACUUUGAUUAAUUACCCUAAUUUUAAUUGCUUUAUCGAUCUUGGGAUUUUCAAGCCUUUAAAAAGAAAGAGAAAUUAUAUUAUCAUUGCAUAUGGAGUCUGCAAAUCUCCAUCACCAGCAUCAUCAGCUCCAAGAGAAUCUUGGUCAUCUCGGGUCUUCUUCUUCCUCUUCUUUAGCUACUGCCCCAUCUUACUAUGGAGUUGGAAUCAAGCAUGCUUGGACCCAGCCUACUACUACUACUACUACUACUAACACCACUAAUUUGAGCAACCCAUCAAAUUCAAGCUUCAACAGUAGUAGUUCUAUUAAUAUGGUACCAGAUUUGGGUUUUCACUGCUGGCCUCCUAGCAGUAGUAAUAAUUUGAAUAGAGCUGGAAGCAGUAGUAGUAUUAAGGAAGAGCUCUCAUCAUCUUCAUCAGAUUCAAACUUUCCAAAAUUUACACAAAUGCUGACCAGCCCCUCCACCACUAGUAUUAACCUUGAUGAUGAUGACUACCACUUUCCUACUCCUACAAGCCUCGGCCUUAUAAAGAAUGAGCAGAAAGAAAUGAUGAUGAAUGAUCUCAGUGAAAAACUCUUGCUCAAGACCUUGUCCUCUUCUGGAAUUAAUCAUCAAAUUUCAUUAGCUGGAGAUUAUCAUCAUCAUCAUCAUCAACAAUUUUACAGCUCAAAUAACACCCAUGUCCAGAAUUUUACUCAAUUGAUGCCUGGGAGAUCAGGAGGGCAAUACUUCAGCCAAAUUUAUCCCAGCAUAAAUAUUUCCAACUUAAACCAACAGUCGUCGCCGUCGUCAGCAAUCUCAAGCUGUGGCUCCUCAGACAUGAACUUGCAGGCUAUUGAUCUCUUAGCUUCUUCGAGAUUUAGUGCUCAUGAGCCUUCUAAUUCACAUGAUACCCUUGGCAUAUACAACAAGGAAAUUAGGCAUAAUUCCUUUGGUCUUCAACAGAUGCACCAAUCAAGAACAAAUCAUCAUGAUCAUAGUCUGCUAUCUUGUGGUCCCAAUAGUAAAAUAUCGUCUUUUGAGAAUGAAAUAACAGAAGUGAAGCGACCUGGCAGUUUGAUUGAGCCAAAGGCAACACAAGCAGCUGCACCAAAGAAAUCGCGGUUGGAGUCACGCACUCCCUGCCCACCCCUUAAGGUUAGGAAGGAGAAAUUAGGAGAUAGAAUUGCAACUCUUCAGCAAUUGGUUGCACCCUUUGGCAAGACCGACACAGCAUCCGUACUGAUGGAGGCUAUCGGAUACAUCAAGUUCCUGCAAAACCAGACACUAAGCGUCCCAUACAUGAAGUCAUCACGCAACAACAAGCCCUCUAAAGCAAUGUUGCAAAGGGGUGUGAUAGAGAUAAAUGGCUCAAAUGGAGAUCAUGAGAGAAAGCGAGAUCUGAGAAGUAGAGGGCUGUGUUUGGUGCCAUUGUCGUGCAUGUCGUAUGUCACAGCUGGUACUGACGCUGCUAAUGCCACUGCUGGUGUUUCUGGAAGCGUUAACUGGCCAAGCCCUAACUAUGGUCAUGGAGGGACUUGAAAUAAUAUUAACUCUGUUUUAAAUCAAAAUACUCGCUUAUUCUUUUUUAAGCCCAUAAUUGUACGUGUUGAUGAAAUCGAUCAGCUCCAUCCCUAUGCAAAUUUGGUCAAUAAGGGUUCUCAAGUUUAAUGGAGCAAAUUUGGUCGUCCUGUAAACAGAUCAUAACCAGGAUGGACCAAGUUUGAUCCAUUAACAAUUCAUCCAUGCAUGUACCGAUUAAUUAUAGAUCCUGCAGCUUCUAAGGGGUCUUCUUUCACAUGCAUAACUUUUGUAUGCAGUUUUAAUCUGAUUUGAAUAUUCCAUUGCA